UGUCAUAUAACCCACAAACUAACCCUUAUAUUCUGCACCCUUCUGAAAGUUUCAUAUCUUCAUUCCCUUUAUAGUAACCCUAUUCCCUUCCUCUCUUUAUAACUAUCCCUUAUCUUUUUGGUAUCUCCAUUAUUAUUCAUUUCUCAUCAAAUCAAAGAACAAGAACCAGAAGAAGAUAUGGGUAGAGGGAAGAUUGAGAUCAAAAGAAUUGAGAAUUCAAGCAACAGGCAAGUCACUUACUCCAAGAGAAGAAAUGGAAUCAUGAAGAAAGCUAAGGAGAUUACAGUUUUAUGCGAUGCUCAAGUUUCUCUCGUUAUUUUUGCCACUUCUGGCAAAAUGCAUGAGUAUUGCAGCCCUUCUACUACGCUGGUUGAUGUGUUGGACAAAUAUCAUAAGCAGUCUGGUAAGAGGUUAUGGGAUGCUAAACAUGAGAAUCUGAGUAAUGAGAUUGAUAGAGUGAAGAAAGAGAAUGACAACAUGCAGAUUGAGCUCAGGCACAUGAAAGGAGAUGACAUAACAUCUUUGCACCACAAAGAACUGAUGGGUUUAGAAGAAGCACUUGAAAAUGGCCUUGCUGGUGUUCGUGACAAACAGAUGGAGUAUUACAAGACGAUGAAGAAAAAUGAAAAGAUGUUGGAGGAUGAGAACAAGCGCUUGAGCUUCAUUCUGCAACAACAAGAAAUGGCAAUGGAAGAGAAUGUGAGAGAGAUGGAAAACCCUUAUCAUCAACAAAGGGUGAGGGACUACAAUUCUCAAAUGCCUUUUGCCUUCAGGGUGCAGCCUAUUCAACCAAAUUUGCAGGAGAGAAUGUAACAUUAUAAACCAAAAAAGAAAAGAUAUAAGAAACUCUUUUACUACUACUAUUAAAUAACUCUUCAGCAAUCCAUGAGGAUUUAUGUAGAGAUGUGAUGUUAAGCUACUAUAUUAUGUGACUAGAGCUUGAAUUGAUUAAAUUAUCUAAUUAAAUAUUGCCUGUUUGAGGACA